UUUACAUUUCCCUCUAUCUGUACGCAACACAGUGAGAGAGAGAGAGAGAGAGAGAGAGAGCUGUUGUGGAAAUCUCAGAGAUCUUCGAUCGAAGAAGAACCUGCAAAGUCCGAAGGAGAUGUUGCCCACAGUCUCGAAAGGGCGGUCACCGUCCUCUUCAUCCCGAGCUAACCCUAUGUUCCUUCAGUACCUCCGCCGAAUAGUCAAGUGGCAACAAAUGGAUGUUGAAUAUACCUUUUGGCAAAUGCUUCACCUAUGCACCUCACCAAAAGUUGUCUAUCAGCACACAAAGUAUCAUAAGCAAACUAAGAAUCAAUGGGCACGAGAUGACCCCGCUUUUGUUGUGAUCUGCAGCCUUCUUUUGACAGUUGCAACUUUGGCUUAUUGUGCUGCGUAUGGCCAUAGUGCUGCACAUGCAGUUUAUGUAGUUAUCUCAGUAUUGCUUUUCCAUUUUUUAGUAACUGGAGUAGUUCUGGCUACAUGUUGUUGGUUCCUGACUAAUUCUUACCUUCGGCCAGAGGCUCCUUCCAACAGUCAUGUGGUUGAGCAACGAGUUGAAUGGAUGUAUGCGUUUGACGUUCACUGCAACUCUUUCUUUCCUAUGUUUGUUAUGCUUUAUGUGAUACAAUAUUUUCUGUCACCGCUUUUGGUAGCCCAUGGUUUCAUUCCUGUAUUGCUAUCAAACUUGCUCUUCAUGGUGGCUGCUACUUACUACCAUUAUCUCAACUUUUUAGGCUAUGAUGUAUUGCCCUUUCUAGAGAGAACCACAUUCUUUCUAUAUCCCAUUGGUGCUGUCAUCGUCCUUUCUCCCAUUUUGAUUUUGAGCGGCUUCAAUCCUUCAAGAUAUUUUAUGAACAUGUAUUUUAGCCAAAGGUUAUGAUUUACUGAGGCCAACUAACAGUUCAGAUAGCAUAUAUAAUGAAAGGUUUGGGGACUAGUUCAAGGACAGCAUCUACGCGAGAAAGCUUUGAUGAAUGCAAUGAUUUGUUUCUGGAAAAUGUGAAAUGAAAAGCAGCUCCACCACAUGAAACAAGUUUCCUCCUAGCUUUCUUUCUGGGCAUCUUACAACUGCAAAAAUGAAGUUGGAACCAAGUGAAGUCAGGGCAGCUAAGUGUAUAUUUUGUUAUUGAGAAUAUUGAUCAAAUAGAUAUGUUGAAUGCAUCCAUUUUUCCCCUUCU